AUGGUAUACUAUUACGAUAGUGGAAUCCACGGACUUAAAGGAGGGGAUUCUACGACUAUAUUGGAACAGGACUCAGGUCUAUUCCCAACUCGUCAUAGUGACUAUGAAGUUUUUAAUAUAGGGAGGAGUCCAGUUUACUGUGCUUUGAAGUAUGGCACAAAGAUUGCAUGGAUUGGAAACAUCACGACCGCCAUUGUUAAGCCUGGUGAAAGAAAAAUGGUGAUGAAUAAUCAUAAGCCUUACUAUGUAACUGCACUGAAGUUACAAAACGACACUAGUAAGCGGGUUAUCACAUGUGCUCAUUACGAAGGAGGUGGCAGCGACUAUCCAGAUGAAAAAUUUGAAUUCGAUAUGAAUGUUAAUAACGUUUUGAGGGAACUGGUUGCCGCAGGAAUCAAGUAUGUACCAUAUGUAGGAUCUGGAUUAUCGUUCCUGGUGAAACUCUUUUGGCCUGAACAAAAGAAGAGCGUCUGGGAACAAGUCAGAGAUCAGGUCACUUCGCUUGUCGACCAAAAAAUUCUGGAGGCCAUCAAUGCGUUGUUGGCUGGUGAUAUUGCACAGUAUAAGUCCAGAAUACAAACCAUCGUUGACGAGAUAAAAGACAAGAAGGAUGCGUCUGCACAUUAUAUGAACAUUGCCCAGGAUUUGAUCGGAUUUGAGAACAAAUUCAUUUUCACAAAAACUCAUCCCGAUUACAAGAAAAUCAACUACAGCUUAUUGCCCAUGUAUUCCUACGUGAUUCAUAUGAAACUCAUGUUUUAUCUCAUUGGCUUGGAUCAGAAGGAUGAGAUUCACCUAACCAAAGCAAAUGUGGAAGACAUAAAAAAAUAUGCUGACAAAUUGUUAAAUGACAAGGAAAAUGGAGCCUUUGCCUACAUAAAAAAAGUGUACAAAGAACAAGUCGACGAAUGCUACGACACUGUUGACGUAAGAGGUUACUAUAACAGCAUGAUGUUGACCAGAGCCUAUGUGGCUGUGAAUGGACUAGAAUACAUCCCAAUUUGGGACUACAUGUUGAAAAAUCCCUCCGCCAAGGAUCCUAAAAUCUACAAUGAUGCCAUCUCAUACUCCGUAUUCCAUGGAAGGCAAACACCGAAUCUCACAAGAGUAGCCACACCAGACGAUCAAGAGGAACCUUUAACACCACGACUUAUCAGUGGAAAACGCAACAAAAUCAAAAGUGUUACCGUCUACGUUUGGCGCAUCAACAGCGGACGUGGACCACCAAAUAUUGGUGGUUUGAAGGUGAACUUCGAAGAUGGUAAGGAAUAUAUGAUGGGUAAAUCAAACGACGAGAACAAAACUAUUGAAUGGAAGAACGCUAGAUUGGAAAAAUUAUCCGUUUGGGGAUGGGGAGCUUUGGACCAACUCACAUUUAAGUUUAGCGAUGGAAGGGAGGAAUCAUUUGGAACCAAUGACAAUUCGAGGAAUCAUGUCACUCAUUUUGAGUUGAAGAAACAUCACAUCGUGGGAAUGGUACUCACCACUGACUCUCCCAGCACUGGAGGUCAAGCUACCAAUAUUGCUGUCUCUUAUCAAUUGACUGUCGAAUAA